AUGGAGAAAUCUUUACCAUUAAAUUCGAGAUCUAAAACCACUGCUUUAAAGCAACCUCGAGAAUUAUUCAGUUAUGCACGUGAUAUAGAUGGGAGAUAUGUAUAUGACGAUCCUCAAGAUUCAUUAUCAUAUUAUUAUUUGCCUGAUUCAACCAUUGAUAAUGGGAUUGAUUUACAGGCUGGAUAUUCUAAAUUCAAAAAAAUCCCUGAAGAACAAAAUUUAGCUGAUUUCAAUUCAUUAUUAAAAGCAAUUAUUAAAUAUGAAACCUCUGAAGGUAAAAAAAUAUCGAGUGAUAUAAUCACUUUCCGAGGAAUAAUGACCAAGAUACUUUCGUUGCCGUAUAAUUUAACUGAACCAAUAGAUUUAUAUGUUGUUCCCUUUGAUGGUCAAUUGUUUAUUAAAUCAGAUGAUGAAUUGGAUAUCAAAAGAAGAAAAGAGCAAGACGAUCGAAUGAAACAGACAAGCACUGAAGAAAGAUAUGAUUAUUUGAAACGAUGUGAAUAUAUUGGAUAUAAAUUUGAAACUAUUGCCACUCUUCCCAAACCAUGGAGUCAAGUAUCAAGAAAUCAAAUUGAAAACAGGAAUAAAAAAACUGUGAAUAAUUAUGAACAAUAUCUAUCUGUGAUUAGAACUGGUAUUGGUAAUGUUAAAUUGGUCUUAGCAGGAGAAAUUGAUUGCUGUUGGGAUUAUUUACCUGAUGAAAGAAAUAAAAUAUUAAAUCAUUAUGUAGAAUUGAAAACUAGUCGAAUCAUUGAAAAUAAUAUGCAAGUUGUUUCAUUUGAAAAAAAAUUAUUUAAAACAUGGUGUCAAUGUUUUUUAAUGGGGGUCACUAAAAUCAUUUAUGGAUUUCGAGAUGAUAAUUUAAACUUAAGAAAUGUCGAAUUAUACAACACCGAAGAAAUCCCGGUUUUAAUUAAAAAUAACCCAUUAACAAACACAGCAACAGAAAAGAAAAUCAAUUGUACGAAUGCAUUGAAAUGGUAUGGUGCUGUAGUUGAUUGGUUGAAUACGACAAUUGACAAAAAAGAUGAAAUCAAGAGUUAUCGUUUGAAAUAUGAUCCGGUAAGGAAAUCGUUCACUCUAAGUGAAACUGAUAGUGAAACUAAUGAGAAAUUAAGAAAUGGUCAAUUGCUCACGUCAGAAUUUUUGGAAUGGAGACAAAGUUUGAAAAAAUAG